CGCGGUUCAACAAUUUGAAUAUAUCGAAUCAAUAAUAAAUCGCAACCCAUACUUUGACACAUUCGGUUUGUCAAAAUAAGGAUUGAACAAUCGCAAGUGACAGUUCUAUGCACAACACAACUCAUUUAGCGUCUGAAGAGAAUAUCAAGUCGUGUGCAACACAACAUAAAAUUCAAUAUCAAAAUCGUUUCCAAUCAAAAUUAUCAUUUGAUUCAUUUCUAAAAUCGUCCACCAAACGAUUGAUCGAAACGCACCAACCAUGAGCGGAAAAGUGUUUGAAAAGGACAAUAAAAUGGCAUGGUCUAUUGGCCAAAAUUUGUAUUUGGAUUCAAAAACGGCUGAUGUGAAGUUCGUGUUCGAAAACAGUGACGAAAGUGUUCAAGCUCUCAAGGCCAUUCUAUCUGCCGGAAGCCCAGUGUUUGACGCUAUGUUCUACGGAUCAUUGCCUGAAAAUGGAGACAUUCUGAUUGUCGAUGCCUAUCCAGAGGCGUUCAAACAAUUCCUUCAGUUCUUUUAUUUGGCGAGAGUGCGAUUGACAUCCGACCACAUCUUCGAAGUGGCCAAUUUGUGCAAAAAAUACGCGAUAAACGAAGGAUUGAAGCUGUGCGAAACCCCAAUGCAAAUGUCUUUAAGGAUCAACAACACGUGUACGGGUUAUGCAGUAGCCAUACUGCUUGGGAUGGAAAACGUCGUCGAAUUCUGUGAACGAGAAAUCAAACACAAGGCCACUGAAAUUCUAAAAUCGACUGAUUUUCUGAAGUGCGAUCACAAGUUGUUCGACAAGAUACUACAAUUGCUAACACGGGACUGUGGUUCAAUGACCACUAGUGCAUCGGUGAUUGUUGAUGCGUGCAUGGCUUGGGCCAAAGCAAAAUGUGCACGUGACAAUCUGGACAACACUUCUGCCAAUUUAAAAGCGCAACUCAAAGAUUCAAUCGAUUGCAUUCCGUUUGAUGAAUUGAGUUCAGAACAAUUUUCCCAUCACAUCGAAACAUACAAGCGAUUCUUCGUCGAAAAUGAAUUGGAAGCGAUCAUUUUGAAGAAAGCAAGAAAAAGCGAAGCAAAGGAGAUGACAACGUCAACUUCACGUACUCUGGACUGCCGAGACAUUUGUAUAAAUAAAUCAGCCAAAAAUUUGGACACGCCCAUUGUAGAUUCAUUCACUUCGAACUCAAAGCUAUUGUUAAAGGAAAUUUACGUCAAACCAUUUUUUGUAAUCGAACCCUUCUACGCAACAAUCACACUUCAUAACUAUGAAAGUGACGAAAAAUUGAUUUUGGGUACAAUUCCAAUCGUACGCAGCAAUGAUGUACGUUUCACACUACCAUUUCCAAUUGCUAUUGAUCAGAAGAUAAAAUAUGGCAUCAAAUUCGAUUGUGGAGUCGAGCGAAGUCAUUGGACACUUGGGCCUAAACACUUCUUUCAUUUGAAAAGCGACGUUGAAAUUCGUUUUGACGCUGGUCGAAACAUAAUUACACGUAUGAUUUUUGAACAUUUGGGAGCUUAGGAGCUCAAUUUCAUCUGAUUAAUAGAGCAAUAUGAGUAAAUAGUCAAUAUAUGAUAAAAAUAUACACCUUGUAUCGUGAUUGUCGAUACAGAAGAAAAUUUCAAGCGAAAAAAUCUUUUGAAAAAAAUAUUGCAUUAAGUUAUCCUCCUUUAAAUGCCCAAACUCUGAAAUUCGUUAUCAAAAUUGGAGAUAAUUCCAAAUGCAGUAACAAAAAUUAAAGAGAAAUCUUUGAAAGAAAACUAUUCAUAAAUCUAAGCACUUUCCUAAUCCAUCGAAAUGAGUCAUAAAGGUCGUAGAAUAAAGUUUAUUUUAAACUGAUUACAAUCGCUUCAAGUAAAUAUUCAAAAUAUGACAAAGAGAUUUAUUCAUCAAAUAAAUGCCACAUUUUUCC